GUUUCGGAUCCCAUUGAUAGCCCAUUGGCAACAAGAUCCUAUCGACAACCGAACCCCAUUCCGGACUCCCCUCCCCCACGAUGCUGUCCAAUCCGCCACCGAGCGGUCUUCAGGCCCGUCACCAACAACACCGACGCCAAAACUCGACGCCAACGGCGUUCGAGGCAAUGAAGAUCGCCCACAACCUGCCCAACAUGCAUCCCCAUCAGCAACAACCACAACCACAACCACAACCAUCACCGACAAAUCCAGGACGACCACGGGUGUCCCAUCGAAGAGGCAUGAGCCUGGACACCCGACGACAACAGAUGCAUUCCCCAACAUUCCGGCAGGACUUCCAGUUCCCCAUGGUAAGUGAACAUACUAACAACACAGGAUUAACAAAUACACCACAGCAUGUGCUGCGAGAAACGCAGCAGCAACGCAUAGCACGCCCGGGCUCGAACCAGCAAGCAUACGCGAACUUGGCCGCAGACGAGAACUACCUAGUGUCACCCCACGGAACCCCUCAGGAUCAGGGAUUUGACGGACAAUGUCUCGACGCUAGUGGUCUGCCAGGACCAAGGAAUAUGAACAUACCCUUUGACAUGUACAACGGGCCAGUACCGCUGAAUAUGUUAAUGAAGAAGAACCAGGAGAGCUUCUCCGAGAAUAUGGCAGCAUCUCAGGACUUCGAACUGUUCUCAUCCAGCACCAUGUCCACACCCACCUUUAUGAACGCCCACGAGAGCUCGAGUGACGCUCCCGGCUGGAUCUCCGACGGAGAGCCACCAAGCACCAGGCGGAACUCGAGGAGGAUCAGCAACGGGAUCGUGGACAGGUUGAUCAAAUUUGAAAACUUUGGAACAGACGGCCAGCAGAGACCCAUCACCCCCCCUCACCAGAAUGCUAAUAACUAUUUCCCACUUACCCCUAUUGACACACCUCAUGAUCGCACCAUCAAGCACAAAGGGCCACAGCGAUUUGCCGAAGGUUAUGACGAGUCGAUGGAAGAGACGCUCAAGCCCAACCGCCACACACCAAGUCGGCGGCCGAAGACGACCUUCGACGAAAUGCGGCGGGCGGCCGAGUCUCAGCCGAUGAUGCCGGCGCCGACGAGAGCGAGCACCAUGCCGAUGCCGGUAGCGUACGACGCUCCCCCGUCAUCACAGUCGGAAUUCUUCGACAUGAACCAAGUCAACGCCGGCAUGACCAUUCAGACGCAAUUCGAUCACCUCCAAGAUCACCAGAACCCAUUCAGCGGGACACCUGACUUGUCGCAGCACACCACCCCGGUCACACCAAGUAUGAGAGAUUUCAGCGGCGUAUUCGACCAAAAACCAGACUUGCAACCACCAAGCAUGAGCCAAGAGUUCUCGACAGACGGCUCACCUUCCACUUCCACGGAAAGGCCCUCGCACCGCGGCACUCAUCGCAGAACCGAGUCGGUUGCCAGCAUCGCCAGUAUUCAAAGCGCGGCCAGCAUCGCCAGCAUCGACAUCGAGCAGACCAAGAUGACCACUGGUGUCACCAUGGACGACAUCCAUCAGUACAUUGAAGGCCCCGACCCACGAGACAACAAGUGGAUCUGCACCUUUGAGGACUGCCAAAAGCGCUUCGGGCGCAAGGAGAACAUCAAGUCCCACGUCCAGACCCACUUGAACGAUCGCCAGUACAAGUGCCCAACAUGCCACAAGUGUUUCGUCCGGCAACACGACCUCAAGCGCCACGCAAAAAUCCACACCGGCAUCAAGCCCUACCCGUGUGAAUGCGGCAACAGCUUUGCUCGACACGAUGCCCUCACUCGUCAUAAGCAGCGCGGUAUGUGCAUUGGAGCCUUCGAUGGCAUUGUCAGGAAAGUGGUGAAGCGUGGCCGUCCUCGGAAACACCGUCCAGACCUGGAUGAGCGAAAGGACAAGUCAACUCGCACCCGCCAUAAGAACAUGUCGGUUUCGUCCACGUCCUCUCAGUCUGGUUAUUCCGACAGCUCGGCGGUCAACUCCCCGGAGAAUCCUGACCACGAGAACGACUUCGACAUGCUGGAUGACAUAAUGGACGUCUCGCUUGGCGGCACGACAAUGAACCCCACCAGCCUCCAGGGCAUAGGGUCCUCGUCCGCGCCGAUGGCGUCCCUCGGAGCCGAUCUCGCCGCGAGCCACCACUCGCCGUCUGCCACCAGCGUACAUUCAUACGUCUCUCAGAUGUCGCAUAUGUCACUUCACCACCCCGAGCGCAUCGUCGAGACCCAUUUACCGUCUCACCCCACUUCGCCCGCCAAGAGCGUUGCCAGUCAAUACAACGAGCCACCAGAGCUGUCGCAAUCGUCUUCCCCCCCAUCCUGCCCUCGCUACUAUGGCACGGAGCCGAGUUCGAGCGCCGGCGACAUCAUGAGCAGCUCCGCCUCACAAAGCACCAGCAUCAUCCCCAGCUUGGCGCAGGGGCUCGAAGAUAACGAUGACAACGAGGAGGAAGACAUCUUGCUCCAGUUCACGCACAGCGGCGACCCCAACAUGCUCAUGCUCACCGCGGACAGCAAGUUCGACGAAGCCUUCGACAGCACGGUCGGCAUGUUCAGUAACAACGAUGAUCUCUUCUUCGGCAGUGGGUGACUAGCGGACCCGCCACAACGAUGGAUGUCCUUCGUUUGAUUUGAUGUACGAUCAAGUGUUCUUCGGUGCUUCUUGCAAUUGUCUGUUCUGCUUCGGACCGGCGGCGUUCGUGGUCGUGUUUGGAUUUUCGGCCGGAGUCUUACAUGGGAAAAAAAGGUCGGACUGGACUUGGGUGGGAGGGAAUCUUAUGAUGCCACGUUUGCGAAAGGACUACGGAAUACCUCGCCCUUUUAAUGUGUCAGAUGUCUCGAUAAUAACGGUCAGGAGUGAGUGCAUGUGGUUGUACGUUAGGAAUGAAAAUGAAUAUGAACCGGGUUUAUGGGGAACGUAUCAAGCAAGGUGCUA